UUGCAUCAUAUCGCAGCGAAGCAGAGCACAUUGCAGUGUAGCUACCAGCUUUGCUUGCUACUACUAAGCACGUCGUUCCAAGUUUGCUCAGCGAGAGCACAGACAUACUCAUCAGAGAGAGCUAGCUUUCCUGUCCGAUCCGUUCGGCGUCCAGUGUCCGGCCGGCUGCCGGCGACGCCCGAUCUAUCGGCGAUGGGUGGUGUAGCUAAGAUGCCUGCAGGGCAUUGUUGGUUACUACUGCUAGGUGUGGUGUUAGCAUUCGGAGUUGCAGCUAGCCCGGCUCAGGCAUCCAGGGCUAAUAAUCACUACGAUUUCUUCAUAAAGGAGACCAAAGUCACCCGGCUCUGCCACGAGAAGACCGUCCUCGCCGUGAACGGCCAGUUCCCCGGGCCGACCAUCUACGCGCGCGCGGGCGACGUCGUCGUCGUCAACAUCUACAACCAGGGCAACAAGAACAUCACCCUCCACUGGCACGGCGUGGACCAGCCGCGGAACCCGUGGUUCGACGGGCCGGAGUACAUCACGCAGUGCCCCAUCCGGUCCGGCGCCAACUUCACCUACAGGAUCAUCUUCUCCGAGGAGGAAGGCACGCUCUGGUGGCACGCGCACAGCGACUUCGACCGCGCCACCGUGCACGGCGCCAUCGUCAUCCACCCCAAGCGCGGCUCCGCCUACCCCUACACCAAGCCACACAAGGAGAUGCCCAUCAUCCUCGGCGAGUGGUGGAAUGUAGACGUGGAGCAGCUGCUCGAGGCGACCAAGCGGACCGGCAGCGACGUCAACAUUUCGGACGCCAACACCAUCAACGGCCAGCCCGGGGACCUGUUCCCGUGCUCCAAGAACGGCACCUUCAGGAUGCCCGUGGAGCACGGCAAGACGUACCUGCUCCGGAUCAUCAACGCGGGGCUCACCAACGAGAUGUUCUUCGGCGUCGCCGGGCACCGCCUCACGGUGGUCGGCACCGACGGCCGCUACCUCAAGCCGUUCACCGUCGAUCACAUCAUGAUCUCUCCGGGCCAGACCAUGAACGCACUCCUCGAGGCCGACCGCGCCACGGACGGCUCAGCCAACAGCCGCUACUACAUGGCCGCGAGGACGUUCGCGACCAACCCGCAGCUCAGGGUCAACAACAGCACCGCCACGGCCAUCCUCGAGUACACGGACGCGCCGCCCUCCGCGGGGCCGCCGGACCUCCCCAGCCUGCCGGCCGUCGACGACAUCGCCGCGGCGACGGCGUACACGGUGCAGCUCAGGUCCCUGGUCACCAAGGAGCACCCGGUCGACGUGCCAACGCACGUCGACGAGCACAUGCUCGUGACCAUCGCCGUCAACCUGCUACCCUGCGGGGCCAACGAGACGUGCGAGGGCCCCAGGGGCAACCGCCUCGCGGCGAGCCUGAACAACGUCAGCUUCGUGGCCCCGUCCGUCGACGUCCUCGACGCCUACUACUACUCGAUCCGCGGCGUGUACGAGCCGGACUUCCCCAACAAGCCGCCGUUCUUCUUCAACUUCACCGACUCCCUGCCGCUGGAGCUCUCGUUCACGAAGCGGGGCACCAAGGUGAAGGUGGUGGAGUACGGCGCCAUCGUGGAGGUGGUGUUCCAGGACACGGGUAUCCUCGGCGCCGAGAGCCACCCCAUGCACCUCCACGGGUUCAGCUUCUACGUGGUGGGCCGAGGGUUUGGGAUCUUCGACAACAACACGGACCCGGCCACGUACAACCUGGUGGACCCGCCGUACCAAAACACGGUCUCCGUGCCCAGGGCCGGGUGGGCCGCAAUCCGCUUCCGCGCGGCAAAUCCCGGUGUGUGGUUUAUGCAUUGUCACUUUGAUCGUCACACAGUGUGGGGCAUGGAUACCGUUUUCAUUGUGAAAAAUGGCAAAACCCCUGAGGCUCAAAUGAUGCCGCGCCCUUCUACCAUGCCAAAGUGCUAAGAAACCAGGGCGUGAGCUAUAACCACGGUUUACAACAUGAUCAAGCAAGAUAGCUAAUUGUAAUUGAUUGAUUGAUUUUAUUAUUUGUGGUACAUAAUUUAAGUAUAGUUGUUCUUAAAAUAAAUAAAGGCUCAGUUGAGAUCCAUGUAAUUUGGUUGGAAGACAAAAGAGUAUAUUCGCUGUAUUGAAUAAUUGUUUGGUUUCUUUGUAUUUACAUCUUCAAAUGUAAUUACACAAUGUAUCCUAUGGAGCUAUGGUCUCUAUCUCAUGAAGACUAAUAUAAGUAUUCAUUUUGUAUA